AUGAGCGUGGCGAGGAUCUACGUUGGUCGUGUCGUGCAUUCUAAGUCGUUGAAAUGUCUUGAAAUCUUACCACAAGCUGCGCUGGGCGUUCGUGGGGAUGGGAAGAUUUCUUUUCUCAAAGACAAUGUUGGUGAUAUCGCAGCAUUGAGGCGUGAGUAUGCAUCAGAAGGAUUUGCAGGCGCAACGACGAUCUACCUCAAACCGCACGAGUUCCUCUUCCCCGGGAUGAUUGACACCCAUCUCCAUGCAUCGCAAUGGCCAAACCUCGCGCUGGGAAUGGAAGGAGAAUUGAGAGAUUGGGUUGAGAACUACACGGAUCCUAUGGAGGCAUCCUACAGCGACAACGACAAAGCCCGCAGAGUCUACUCAGAUGUCGUCUCCACCACCCUCCGACUCGGCUCGACGACCGUCGCAUACAACACCACGAUCCACGCUGAAGCAUCCAACAUCCUGGCGCAGACGGCUUUCGAUAAAGGGCAGCGAGCUAUCGUGGGCAAAAUGUGCAUUACGAUGGGAUCUACGCAUAACAACUGGGAGGACUCGGUAGACGUCUCUUUGGCGGAGGAUGAGAAAUGUCUCGAGUUUAUGAGGAAUUUGGAUUCUGAGAGACGGCUCGUGCAUCCUUGUGUUCAGCCUAGAGGGGGGCCGUAUUGUCCGCCGGAAUUGAUGGCGGGGCUGGGAGAGCACAGGGAGAAGUAUGAUACUUAUGUGCAAGCCCACAUGUGCGAGACCCAGUCCGACAUAGACCGCACCCUUGCCCUCCACACCCCCUUCACGAGCUACAGCGCCAUGUACGCAGCCCACAACCUCCUCACGCCCAAAACGAUCCUCGCACACUGCAUCCACCUCCAACCCGCCGACCUCUCCAACAUCGCCACCACCGGCGCCGGCGUCGCCCACAACCCCAACAGCAACACCUGCCUCCGCGACGGCAUCUGCCGCGUGCGCGACCUCCUCUCCGCCGGCAUCCACGUCGGCCUCGGCACCGACUGCUCCGCGGGCUACAUGCCGUCCAUCCACUCGGCCAUGCGGGACGCCUCGAACGUCUCCCGCAACCUCGCCAUGCAGACCGGCGAGGACCGGUAUAUCUUAGCUUUCAGCGAGCUGGUCUACCUCGCGACGUUAGGGGGCGCGGAGGUUGUGGGGAUGGGGGAGAGGAUUGGGAAUUUUGAGGUGGGCAAGGAGUUUGAUGCGUUGGUGGUCGAUGUUAAGGAGGUGAUUAGUGUGGAGGAGGGAAUGUGGGAGGCGGGGAGCGAGAGGGAUGAGGAUUUGGUGAAGAAGUGGGUGUUUUUGGGGGAUGAUAGGACGGUGAGGAGGGUUUUUGUUGGGGGGAGGUUGGUUGGUGGAUGGGGAUGUUGA